CUUCACAUCACACGCCAGUUUUACUUGGCAAUAGACGACGACCAUGGACCAACUAACAACAGAGCAAAUAGAUCAAUUGAAACAGACGAAAACCAUCGGGAUCAUAGGAUUGGGUGACAUGGGUACACUCUACGCCCGAAGGUUUAGUAAAGCUGGGUGGAAAGUGGUUGGAUGUGACAGAGAAGAGCUCUAUGAAGAAACGCUUGCCAAGUUUUCCCAGGAAAAGUUCACCAUUCUCAAGAAUGGUCAUUUGGUUUCCCGAAUCUCCGAUUUUAUAAUCUACAGUAUAGAAGCGGCCAACAUCGACAAAAUGGUGGCGUUGUAUGGCCCUUCAAGUAAGUUUGGUGCCAUCAUCGGUGGACAAACCAGUUGUAAAGCUCCCGAGAUUGCAGCAUUUGAAAAGUAUUUACCGCCAGACACGGAAAUCAUCAGCGUUCAUUCCUUGCAUGGUCCUAAAGUUGACCCUACUGGACAACCACUCGUGUUGAUCCAACAUCGGGCUCGUGAUGAGUCAUUUCAAUUUGUUGAAUGUUUAAUGUCCUGCUUACAAUCUAAGCACGUUAAGUUGACAGCGAAGGAACAUGAUAGAAUCACUGCUGAUACGCAAGCAGUCACCCAUGCGGCAUUCUUGUCUAUGGGUGUUGCGUGGAAAUCUACCAACGAAUAUCCAUGGGAAACACCCAAAUGGAUUGGUGGGAUUGAAAACGCCAAGAUUAACAUCUCAUUACGGAUAUUCUCCAAUAAAUGGCAUGUUUAUGCUGGACUAGCCAUUACUAACCCGUCAGCACAUGAUCAAGUGUUGCAAUAUUCAAAAUCCACUACUGAAUUGUUUACGUUGAUGAUUCAAGGGAAACACGCAGAAUUAAAAGAGAGAUUAAUGAAGGUGAAACAGUUUGUGUUUGGAGGAAAUAACGUUGCUAGCAAACAUGACUUGUUAUUGAAUGACGAUCUCUUGCAGGAGUUCUCGUUGAGAAAGGUUCCUCCUGAAGGAAGACAACCAAACUCGCAUUUGUCGUUGUUGGCGAUUGCCGACAGUUGGUACAACUUGGGAAUUGUCCCUUAUGAUCAUAUAAUCUGCUCCACUCCGUUGUUUAGAAUAUUCCUUGGUGUUACUGAGUUUAUCUUCUGUACACCAAACAUGUUGGAUGAGUGCAUUGACGUGGCCAUCAACGACACCAGCUUUAGGCAAGAUGAUUUGAACUUUACCAUUGCUGCUCAAACCUGGUCCAACAUUAUCAGUUUUGGUAAUUUUGAAUUGUAUAAACGAGAAUUUGUUGAAACGCAAAACUACUUUAGACACAUGUUUCAAGAGGCUAAUGAGAUUGGUAAUGAAAUGAUUCACACGAUAUUGGAGAGAGUCAAGCAGAGAGAGCAGGAGUCCACGUAGCUGUUUUUCUUUAUUACUAUUAUUAUUACUAUUAUUAUUUUUUUCAUUACUAGUAAUACUAUCAAAUUAAUUAUAUACUUUAUGCACGUAGGAUAUACAAAAUUACAACUGUUCGUCUUUGAUUACAUCCAUCAACCAGUCCAACCCCUCGGUCAACCCUUCUCCCUUGAUGGCACUACUGGCGACAAUACUCCAACUUCUAUCUUUCAAAUCAGUGAGAUCGAGGGCUUGGCUGACCUCGGCGGCUGUCAUGGCACCCGGUUGAUCCUGCUUGUUGGCAAACACCAACAACGCACUAUCUUGCAAUUCCUCCUCUUUCAACAUGGUGUGUAACUCUUUGCACGCGGUAUCAAUACGGUCUUUAUCGGUCGAAUCAACCACGAAUAUGAUGGCGGAUGUGUUGCUGUAGUAGCACCUCCAGUACGGUCUGAUCGACGUCUGUCCACCCAAAUCCCAAAUGUUCAACGUGACAUUCUUGUAUUUCAAGGUCUCGACAUUGAAUCCAAUGGUAGGCUUGGUAGUGACGACCUCUCCCAUUUGCAAUCGGUAUAGGAUUGUGGUUUUCCCUGCACCGUCUAGACCUAGUAUAAGAAUUCGUAUUUCCUUUUGGACACCCCAAAGCUUGCCGAAUAUGUUGGCAAAACUGAAUGCUUGUCCCAUGUUAGUUUAAAUAUUGUGUACAAGUGUAAUUAUUGUCGGAUAUGUUAUAGUAUGCUAUGGUAGACCAAACAAGAGUGGAUUCGGAUACUAUUUCACCUUUGUUUUGACUGUUUACCAAGCUAUUGUUAGUACCGGUCUUG